UAGCUAUUGGAUGAUGUAAACGAGAACUAUGACGACUACCAAAUUACCAAUGGCCGUACAAUCAGCUGAGUUUUGUUUUCAUUUGAUCAAUUUCGUAAGGUAACCACGUUUGGGGGAGCAUUGCAUACUGACGAUACAAUUAAACAUUUCAAUUACGAUUAAAACAUGAACGAGUUGAAGUCUCUUGAGCACGCAACACUGAAGGUUCCAUAUGAAGUCUUCAACAAGCGCUACCGUAAUGCUCAACGUGUCCUCGAUGUAGAAGCGAGGCAGGUGGGCAGCGCCGGUUGCGAGCUCGAAAGUGCCACCAGAAAGCAAACUACUACUGGAGAAAUUGAUUCCUUACUAGGAGGAAUGGUGGAGAAACUUACGACGAUGAAGCGCAAAGCAUCUGAGGCUAUAAACGAGGAGCUACAGGCGGCGAUGGUGUGCAAAAAACGGCUGGAACAUUUAAAGGAGCACGCGCAUUCCAUCACUGAACCAAGCACACCGCAAGUUAGAACGGCUCUAAACCAAUGGCGCAAGGUGCGUCUCGACCGAAUGCUCGUCGACUACUUCUUAAGAAACGGGUACUACGACUCGGCGAAUAAACUGGCCGACGCUCGCUCCCUCAGGGACCUCACCAAUGUUGAUAUCUACGCAGCGGCGGCGGAGGUAGAGGCGGAAUUACGCCAGCAGCGAACGGCGCGCUGCCUGCAGUGGUGUGCGGACAACAAGUCCAAACUGAGGAAGUUGAACUCCAACAUGGAGUUCAAGAUACGGAUACAGGAGUUCAUCGAGCUAGUCCGCGAAGACAAACGGUUGGAGGCGGUCCGCUACGCCAAGAAACACUUCUCCACCUACGAGGAAGGGCAACUGCAGGACAUACAGCACUGCAUGGGCAUGCUCGCCUUCCCAAAGGAUACAGAGGUGGAGCCGUACCGCUCGCUGCUGUCGGCGCAGCGCUGGGCGGCGCUGGUGCGGCAGUUCCGCUGGGAGCACGCGCGCCUGCUGCACCCGCAGCGGCUGCCCGCGCUGCCCGUCGCGCUGCAGCUCGGGCUCGCCGCGCUCAACACGCCGCAGUGCUACAACGACGCCACCAAGGUGUCUGCAUGUCCGGCGUGCCAGCCGCCGCUGGAUGCCCUGGCGCGGGAACUGCCUCACGCGCACUGCAGCCACUCGCGGCUCGUGUGCCGCAUCACCAACCUGCCGCUCAACGAGCACAACCAGCCCAUGGUGUUGCCCAACGGACAGGUCUACGGAGAGAAGGCCAUAAAAGAGAUGGUGAAACUGGGCUCUAUUGUGUGUCCAAAGACCAAGGAGGUGUUCUCGAUGAAGAGUAUCGAAAAAGUGUACGUCAUGUGAACGAUCCUAUAUACGCAUACACUUGUAUAUACUCGUUUAUUGUAGUUACUAUAUCACCGGCUAUUGUUCCAAGAAAUUUCUGUAGGGCGUCCAAUAAUUACGCAGUUAAAUGGGAGGAAUUUGAUGAAUUCACAUGAAAUUAUGCCAAAUGUUUCAGUAUAUUAAAUAAAUAACUUAUAAUGGCAUUAGAGGGCGAAGGGGGGGAGGGGGGUUAGUACUACUACAUCUCGUAUAACCAAGGUGGAGGGAGUAUAAUUAAAAAAAAUAUCACGUAAUUAAUGGACGUCCCCAAACGAGAUAUUUUUGAUGUAAUUCUUUACAUUGUUUCAUUCCUUGAUCAUUGAUCGAUAGCGUAAUGUGAUAAGAACGAACAAAAAUACUGCGUAGAAUGGAACGUGUAUUUAAAAAUCGGUAAACGACGACGGCUUUUGAGUGUUGUGACGUGAUUAAAAUAUUUAAACUUACAUUCAAAAAGGUUAGAAGUGUUCGAUUAAUAUGGUAAGGUUUUAUAUUGUUUAUUCACUAUGAAUUUAUUGCUUAGGAAUCUCUCUUAAACAGUGAAAAUGAAUUCUUAGUAUUUAUAGUCGAAUGCUAUCAAUUCACAACAAAAAAAAUAUUGGCUGGUUCUACUACGUGGCAUCGUCUGGUGUUAAGAGACCACCUUUUGAUUGCAUAAUUCAAAUAUUCAUCUAACCUAAUUUUAUUCACAUUUACAAUUUGGCGCAAUGUGGCAAUCCUGUGAGGUUUUUUCCAGUAUUAUAUUUACAAAUUUUUUUUUUAAUUAUGGCAUAAACAAUUACGGUAAAUUUACAAGUUAUUGCAAAAUUAAAAUUUUUUCCAUAUUUUUGCUUCAGGGGAUUGCAUUUUUUGCUUUAAAAGCUCAUGUAAAAUUAUAUAGGUUGCACUAUUCUCUUACAUUCUUAAGUCUAUUCUGUAUAGUUUUUAAUAUUCUCAUUGUGUCAUAAUCAUAAAAAAUGUUGCAUUGAGAAUUUGAAAAAUAAAUCUAAUAACUACCUAA